UGGAAGUUGGACGUUACAUCCGAGAAGGCGAAAAUUUUUAUAAAAUCAAAUCCACUGUGUACUAGUGUUUUAUUCUGAAAUUAUUUCAAGAAUGUCAGCUCAUGAUCAAGUUCGAGCUAUGCUCGACGAGUUAAUGGGAACAGCCCGUGAUGGGAGCAAUGUAUUGUGGGGCAAAGCAGACUUAAUUGCAUUACUGCAAAGGUGAUGAGGGCCAGGCCGUGAGUUGAAAUUUCUCUUUGAACCACGCAGUUCUACUAAACGGCUGCCAUACACACACGCUUUUUGCUGUCACAUCUUGCAUCCAUUUAGUCUUACACAAAAGUCCUUAUUUCAGCCCUGUAAUCCUUUCCCACAACUGAAAUAUUUUUCUGUAAUUUUUUUUCCAAAGUUAAAAAAAAUUCUUUUUAAAACGUUUGUUUUAGGUCGACCAUGAGGUCAGAGGUUCAUAUAGUAAAGUUUAUUUUUGGUGGAUAUAAAAAGCAGUGUUUUUAAGAUUAAAAUGGGACUCACUUUCAGUUGAUGUAUGAAAAGAUUACAGGUGCACUUUCAACAAUUGAUUGCCUGCCUCAUUUUCAAGAAAUUUAUUAUGAUCUUGAUAUUCACUACUUAUGGUCAUGACAAAAAUAGUAUUAACAAAUUUUUUUGCAUCCUGUAAUUAAGAUUUUUUAGCAAUUCAUUUACAGCAUUAAAUAAUUUCUGGAAGUAAUUCUAAGAAGCCAAGAAAGAUCUUCCAAAAAAAGAGAGAGAAAAAUAAAUACUUUAAUUGAAUCAUGCUGUUAAGUUUAAUUUGAAUGGGCAAGCUGCCCAAUAGCCGUAUGUUGGAAGACAUGUUUUUUCCAGGUGAGUUUUCAGUAACCAUAUGCCACUUAGUUGGAUUGCAAGCCCCUGCUGGAGUAAAACCAGUGAACAUCUUGCAGAGACUUGUGUGCACUCAACCUUCAAGACGCCUUACUGUGUCACAGGACUAGCUCAAGCUACAAAGUGAAGUUUGAUGACUCUCGGCUCGCUUCUUUCUGGUGGUUCUGAUUGGGUAUGGCUAGGAAUGGGUACGUAAAGACUCGCAUGGAUCUGGGUGAUUGCCACAAUAUUCAUGACUUGGCUUUGAGAGCAGAUUAUGAACGUGCUGCUGCAACCAAAGACUACUACUAUGACAUAGAUGCUAUGGAACACCUACAGACGUUUAUCUCUGAUUGUGAUCGAAAGACAGAGCUUGCAAAACGACGCCUCAAGGAGACGCAGGAAGAACUUAGUGAAGAAGCUAAUGCAAAGGCAGACCAAAUUCAUCAGCUAGGAGAACAGAUUGGAACAAAGAUGGCCAGAGCCGAGGAAAUAGGUGCUGAAGGCUUGGUUGAUGAGUCUCUGAAACUAAUGGAGGAGAUAGAAGAGAUAAAAAAGAAAAAGGCUCAGCUGGAGAUUGAGUUCCGAAAUUCGAUGCCUGCAUCGAGUUACCAACAGCAAAAGCUUCGAGUGUGUGAGGUGUGUGGUGCAUACCUUGGCAUCCAUGACAAUGAUCGUCGCCUGGCUGACCAUUUUGGAGGCAAACUGCAUCUUGGUUUCAUUACUAUCCGCUCUAAACUGGAUGAACUAAAGAAAAUGGUUGCAGAGAGACGCUCACAGCGUGAACGAGAGCGAGAAGAAAUGCGCAAAAAACGUGAAGCAGAGGAAAGAGAGCAUUCAGCCAGUAAGCCUCGCAGUCCAGUUCAUGGUAAAGAACGAUCACGGGAUCGUGACAACCGCCACCGCUCGCGCAGCAGGGACAGCAGCCGCAGAAAACGCAGGUCACGUUCACGUUCCCAUGAUCGUCAGCGAAGCCGUCGCAGCCGCUCUCGUGAUCGUCGCUCUACAUCCAAUUCUCGUCGAAGGAGGUCCAGGUCUCACUCUCGGCGUUCACGCUCCCGGUCAAGAAGUCGAUCUGGACACGGUCAAAGACAUUCAAAUAGCCGCACGGGUUCUCAUCACAAGCGACACAGGAGGCAUGUCUCAGACUCAGACUCAGAUUACAGUGACAAACACAGAGAUGAAGAUGAAGAUUGAGCCAGACAUUUCACCAAGAACUGCAUUUUUGUUUUGCCCAAGUGCAGGACCUGCAAGACAUGGUUUUUAUUGUUACUUAUAAUAACCUUAUAUACAUGUCAUAUUUCAUGUUAGUAAUCCAUUGUUUCUCAGUUUCAAUCCGUCAGUUAAAAUUCACAUCUGUAUAAAAUAUGCUGAUUGCAAUAAAAACUUUUAUAGCGAUUAAGGCACACAUAUAUUACUUGAUUAAACCUUGAAAUUACCAUCAGAAUAUUCUUCCAAGCAUCCCCACAAUUUAAAAAAAUUUUUUUUUUUAAAGUUUCUUCUUGUUGCCUAUUAGAGCUGUGCUUCUCACUGCUUUCCUGGGCUUUGAAAAAAUUACCUUGUGUUAAUUUAUCAAAACAGUUUUAUCUGUGCUUAUGUUACCAUAAUACAAAAAAAAAAAAAUUUUAAAUGCUAGUCAUCAGUCCAAGAAAAACACUGAUCGUCACACCUUUAACGUUUACAUGUUCUGAGGUAUAUGUUAACUUUAGUGCUGGCAGUUCGAAGAAAUUCAUGCUUGAUAAUUUCAUUUGGUAUUCUAAAGCAAUCACAUCAAAGUCAUAUAAUAUUUCCAUUUUUUUGUAUAGCUUUCAUAUUAAAAUUGUCACUACACAGCUAUGAAGAAAAAAGUCUGACUUCUAAGACUGGAGCAGCAUAGUAGGUUUACAUGACUUCUAAUUAAAAUGCCAUGUUGUAUGGAUAGGCAACCACUGCAUAGGGAGAGCAACCAACCAAAUGCUUAUUGCAUAAAGUGACAUACUGUUUGCCUGUUAUAUUCUUACACAUAGUUGAUUAUUGAUGCAAGAAGUGUAGUUGUGUUUAGACACCUUGUUAUAUUUUGGUAUUAAAUUAGUGGGUUGGUGUACAUUGUCUUUUUUAGCAUAGACAUCCCUUGUAUGCUUAGUGUUAUGCACAAUUUCAAUCUCAUUAAACACACAGAAUCUAUCCAGAGAAAUUCUGAACUCCAUUUGGGUCAGUGUAAUUUUAAUGAAAAGUCUGGACUGAAGACUCCCCUAUUUAUAGAAGGCGGUCUGGUGGUACAACAGUUAGGGCCUGUCACCAAUACAAUGAAGGUUGGCUGUCCUGGGUUCAGCACUCGUCUCAGGCACGCUGUUCUUUCUCUGAAUAUGGCAUAUGUUUACAGGGCUGGCUGCCUUGCUGGGAUAUAGCUAUAGUUGCUGGCUCAGCAUAAAACACCGAUUUCCCCCUCCAGUUUAUUGAUUCAUGUUUCUCAGCUGCUGUGCUGGCAUCUUUGACUUCUUAAAUCUAAAAAGUCUGUACCAUCCAACCCUUAAGAUCUGAUGAAGAUUAUUUAUUUGUUAACAAUAACAAAAUAUUUUCUGUAAUGAUGCAACUUCUAAUACUUAUAGGGACUAAUAGAUGAACUAUAAUUGUAGAGGUACUUAAACAUUGUGUGCCUCUGAUCAUACACAAGGUUUAUCAUUAGCUAUGAUUUAAAGUUGUUCCAUUAGUUUCAUUCUCAGUGUUGCUAAUGUGCUGGGAUAAAACAACUGUUGUGUGCAUUUCAAAAUGCAAUUUGUGGCUUUCAAGUAGAACCCAUAAAGUCUUAAAGAUGAGUCUCGGUAAGAUGGUAAAAUCCAAGAACAAUAUUACAAUAAAAAUUAGCGUUCUUAGGCCUAGUACAGAUGAUUUAGCUGGUUUGUUAAACUAUGAUUAGUGUGGAUGAAAUAUGUUUAUGCAUUUAUGUGAAGAUUGCUUCUUUAAGAAAUGUGGAAGAAUUGGCAUAAAUUCAGCUAGGGAAAAAAUAGUAAAAAUUGCAAGCAACAUCUUUGCCAGAAUUUAUAUCUUUUUAUCAUAAUAGUUUUGGAUGUUUCAGUGAACUUUAAGAAAAUUACCACAUUCUGACAUUUUUCAUGAGAAUUGCAGUUAAUAAAGUUUAGUGCUCAUA